AUGGAGAGGAGUUCAGAAGUGACCUGUUUCUCCAUCAAUCUGUUUUCUGUGAAUGAGGACCAGGUACAGGGAGAGAUACAGGUGGCCAAACAGAGGCAACACCAAGGCCUUUCUCUACAGUUGAGCUCAGGCCUGGAGGAGACAGAGCUCACUAUUCAGAAUGGUGAUGGGGUCUGUGUUUUCAAAUUCACAGUCACCAGGGAAACAGACUAUUGUCAGGUGGGCACCCAGUCUUUCCUCAUAACCGUUGGCUGCCUGAGCGUUCUCCUGCCGUUCAGAACACACACCAGACUGUCUGAGCAGUCUGUGUUUGACCAGAGAACAGAGGACCCCUCUGCCCUGCAGUACUUCCAGUUUUACGGCUGUCUAUCACAACAACAGAAUAUGUUGCAGGAUUAUUUGAGGACAGCCACAUGUCAAAAGGCCAUUCUGCUAAACGAGACUGACUUCAAGGACAAGGUAGUACUUGAUGUUGGCAGUGGAUCAGGGAUCCUGUCUUUCUUCGCCAUCCAUGCUGGAGCAAAGAGGGUGUAUGCUGUGGAGGUCAGCCCUAAAGCGACUUACAAAUUGAUGCUGGUCAAGAGCAAUGGUCUGUCAGAUAGGAUCAUAGUCCUGGCUGUGAAGAUUGAGGAGCUGUUGUGCCCUGAGCAGGUGCCCAUUGGAUACAUGCUGCUGAACGAGAGGAUGCUGGAGAGCUACCUUCACUCCAGGAAGUGGCUCAAACCAAGGGUCAGUAUGUUACCAACCUAUAGUGGCAUGCACCUGGCUCCCUUCACAGACGAGCAGCUCUCCAUCGAGCAUCAUGGACACUCCAGCUUCUGGAUGACAGUGUGACUGUCCACUGCUCCUAGUGAACCUCUGACUCACUGGUACCAGGUCCACUGUCACUUCCAGAC